AUGCCACCGACCCAGCCUCCCCUCUCGACCAUCCUCCCCCCUCUCAUCUGCGGCACCGCAACCUUCAACAACCUCUACAACCCCUCGGCCGCCCUCGUCCCAACCGACGCCAUCGUCGAGCGCGCCCUCGACCUCGGGGUUCGCGCCUUCGACACCUCCCCCUACUAUGGACCCUCCGAAGAACUCCUCGGAAGAGCCCUAAACAGGCCUUCAGUGCUCAAGAACCACCCCCGCUCUACCUACCACCUCGUGACAAAAGUCGGUCGCAUCGCCGCCUCAGAAUUCGACUAUAGCCCCGAAUGGAUACGCUACUCGAUCCAGCGCUCCCUGCAGCGCUUGAGCACCACCUACCUCGACGUAGUCUACUGCCACGAUGUGGAAUUCGUCACGCCGGCGGAAGUCCUGGAAGCCGUGCAGGAGCUGCGCCGGAUCCGUGACACGGAAGGGACCAUCAAGUACAUCGGCAUAUCCGGGUACCCGGUGGCCCUGCUGUGCGAGCUGGCGGAGCUGGUGCUGAGCCGAACCGGCGAGCCGCUGGACGCAGUCAUGAGCUACGCGAACUUCACGCUGCAGAACACGACGCUGCAGUCGCGGGGCCUGGAGAGGCUGAGGAGAGCCGGCGUGAGCUGCGUGCCGAACGCGAGUAUCCUCGGCAUGGGCCUCAUGCGACAGGUGGGCGUGCCCGUGGGCGGGAAAGGCGAUUUCCACCCGGCGCCUAAGGAGCUGCGGGAGAAGUGCAUGGAGGCUGCGAAGCUCGUACAGGGCACAGGCGAGAGGUUAGAGGUUGUGAGUCUACGGUGGGGACUAGACGCUUGGUCGCGCGAAGGCGCGACGCUGGGCGGCGUUGGCGGGAUUGGGGUCUCGGUUAUCGGGGUGAGUAACCUGGAGGAGUUGGAAGAGACGAUGCAGGUCUGGGAGAGCGUGUUGGACGGGCUGCCGCUGGCUGGACGUGUCGUGAGCAAGGAGAAGGAGGAAUUGAGCUUGAAGCGGGCGGCAGAGGUGGCUGAGAAGGGGAAGGAAGUGCAGGGCGUGCUGGGACAGUGGAAGGACUACACGUGGGCGAGCCCCGAUGAUAAUUACGUGAACGUCAGGGUUGUCAAGGGAGUUGUAGAAUAG